AGGCAGGCUGUUCUUCUUCAUCCCUUCGCUUCACACAAGACCUCCUCAAGAAGGUGAGCCUGCUCGAUCGCCUGAAUCGACGCCGCUUUCGCAUCUCUCUUCGCCGUCUCUGAUUUGAUCGCCGACGGUUGGGUUUCUUUCCUUCGUCGCGUUCCUGCGGUGGAGUGAUUUCUGGCGGCGGCGGCGGGUCGUGCUCGGCUCGCAUUGAAGAUUUCCUUGGUCUUCGAGGUCGAAUCGAGAUCUGAGAUACGAGAAAGCUUGGAGUCUCGUGAUUUGUUGGGGAGAGUCUUCAGUUUGAUCCGAGAUGUCGUCGGAGAGCGAGCGGAAGUCGUCGUCGGUUUCGGAUAUGGGAGCUUGGGCGAUGAAUGUGAUAAGCUCCGUUGGAAUUAUCAUGGCGAACAAGCAGCUCAUGUCUUCUUCUGGUUUCGCCUUCAGUUUCGCGACGACGCUUACCGGAUUCCACUUUGCUUUGACGGCAUUGGUGGGUUUGGUCUCGAACGCUACUGGAUUGUCGACGUCGAAACAUGUCCCGAUGUGGGAGCUUGUCUGGUUCUCCAUUGUCGCUAACGUCUCCAUUGCUGCCAUGAACUUCAGUCUCAUGCUUAACUCCGUUGGCUUCUACCAGAUCUCUAAGCUGAGCAUGAUUCCAGUGGUCUGUGUCAUGGAAUGGAUCCUCCACAGCAAGCAGUACUCCAAAGAAGUGAAAAUAUCUGUCUUGGUUGUGGUUAUAGGUGUCGGCAUUUGCACUGUUACUGAUGUCAAGGUUAACGCAAAGGGUUUCGUUUGCGCCUGCGUUGCCGUUCUCUCCUCAUCUUUGCAACAAAUUUCGAUAGGUUCCUUGCAGAAGAAAUAUUCUAUUGGGUCAUUUGAAUUGCUGAGUAAGACUGCGCCGAUUCAAGCUCUUUCACUCCUUGUUCUUGGCCCCUUCAUAGAUUACUUCCUCAGCGGCAACUUCAUAUUUAACUACACGAUGUCAUAUGGUUGCAUCCUAUUCAUCCUUCUCUCGUGCGCCCUAGCUGUGUUCUGUAACAUAAGCCAGUACCUCUGCAUCGGGCGAUUCUCUGCUGUUUCCUUCCAGGUCCUGGGUCACAUGAAAACCGUUUGCGUCCUCACGCUGGGAUGGCUUCUCUUCGAUUCGGCAAUGACCUUUAAGAACAUAUCGGGCAUGGCUCUUGCCGUUGUCGGAAUGGUAAUCUACAGUUGGGCUGUGGAGGUUGAGAAACGGUCUAAUGCCAACAAGACAUUGAACAAUGUGAAACACAGCUUGACAGAGGAGGAGUUUGAACUUCUGAAGGAAGGUGUAGAGACGAAGCCAUUGAAAGAUGUAGAACUCGGCCAGGCAAAAGCUUAGUGCAGGAUUCAGUUGCAGGGAGAGGGACUUAUAAAAGUCAGACAAGUACCUUCGUUCCCUUUAUUGUUCUUGCCAUAGUGUCUGUAUCUUUUGUGUUAUUUAUACAGAACCAUGCCUUCUCCCCACCCAUCCAAGCUUGUGUCUCCAUUGAUAAUAUUCAUUAUUCACAUACGUUGCUCCUGUUCCACUGCGUUCUCGUUGCCA